GGUUAGCCGGUCGCACGCCGGAAGUGGUGGCUGGAGCGGGAGAGCUGAGGUGUCGGCCGGCGGGGCUGCGGCCGGGAGCGGGGGGCGGGUGCGUUGGUCAUGUUUACCUUCGGGCCCGGUAGUCCCGAAGGGGAUGGGACGGCCGGAACGGGGGAUGAGGAGCCGGCACCCCGUGCGGGGCAGGUGGCAGCCACCCGGCCGCUCCCCUCCCCGCCCGCGCCGCCGCAGCCCGGGGCUGACGCAGCCCCUCCCCCGUCGCCCUCCCGGAGCCCUCGCCGCUCGGUAGCACCCUCCCUGCCCCAGCCCGCGCGCUCUGGGGAGCUCGGUCCGCCUGGAGCUCUAGACUCCUCAGCUGCUUCCGCCCAGGGAGAGCUGUCACCACCCUCCCCGCCGCGCCGGCGACCCGGGCCAGACUGCAGGGCCGGGAGCCGGGGCCGCCACGGCCUCGGCGCCGGCCUUGGUGGCCCCGGAGCCCGGCUCUUCGGGUGGCUGAGAGAGCGCAGCCUGGGCCGCGGACUGUUCGUGGACCCGGCGCGGGACAAUUUCCGCACCAUGACUAACCUCUAUGGUUCCAUCCAUCCCGCGGACUCGGUGUACCUCAGCACCCGCACCCACGGCGCGGUCUUCAACCUCGAGUACUCGCCCGACGGGUCGGUGCUGACUGUUGCUUGUGAACAGACCGAAGUUCUGCUUUUUGACCCUAUAUCUUCAAAGCACAUAAAAACACUUUCUGAAGCUCAUGAAGACUGUGUAAAUAAUAUCAGAUUUCUUGAUAACCGGCUGUUUGCUACCUGCUCUGAUGACACUACAAUAGCACUAUGGGAUCUGAGAAAACUGAACACCAAAGUAUGCACUUUACAUGGUCACACUAGCUGGGUGAAGAACAUCGAAUAUGAUACUAAUACAAGACUCUUAGUAACAUCAGGAUUUGAUGGAAAUGUCAUUAUUUGGGACACCAACAGGUGUACAGAAGAUGGGUGUCCACAUAAGAAAUUCUUUCACACACGUUUUCUCAUGCGAAUGAGAUUAACUCCAGAUUGUUCCAAAAUGUUGAUCUCAACGUCCUCUGGAUAUCUCUUGAUUUUGCAUGAUCUUGACUUAACUAAGUCUUUAGAAGUAGGCAGCUAUCCCAUUUUGAGAGCAAGAAGAACUACAUCAAGUUCAGAUCUGACUACUUCAUCAAGUUCUUCUGGUCCUCGAGUUUCUAGUUCACCUUGUCAUCAUAGUGAUUCUAAUUCAUCUUCUGAGAAACACUUGUCACGAGCCUCACAAAGAGAAGGAGUUUCACCACGAAAUAGUCUUGAAGUCUUAACCCCUGAAGUUCCUGGUGAGAGAGACCGUGGAAACUGCAUCACGUCCUUACAGCUGCACCCAAAGGGCUGGGCCACUCUCCUUCGGUGCUCAAGCAACACUGAUGAUCAGGAGUGGACUUGUGUCUAUGAAUUCCAAGAAGGAGCUCCUGUGCGACCUGUCUCACCCCGCUGUUCUCUACGACUAACUCAUUACAUUGAAGAAGCCAAUGUAGGCAGGGGUUAUAUCAAAGAACUUUGCUUCAGUCCUGAUGGGCGAAUGGUCUCUUCCCCACAUGGCUACGGGAUUCGCUUGUUGGGAUUUGACAAACAGUGCAGUGAACUUAUAGACUGUUUGCCCAAAGAAGCCAGUCCCCUGCGGGUGAUCCGUUCUCUGUACUCUCAUAAUGACGUGGUACUGACGACGAAGUUCUCUCCAACACAUUGUCAGAUUGCCUCAGGGUGCCUUAGCGGACGGGUUUCUUUGUAUCAGCCAAAGUUUUAGGCACAACUUAUAUCAAAUAAGGAACUCUUCUGGUGUUUGACUCACAAAUUACUUCAAUUUAGGUGAAGUAUUUACUUUUUAGAAGAUCUUAAAAGUUUGGGUCAAGAUGCCGGUUAUUAUGGGUCCACGAACACACCUGUGACCUGAGGACUUGGCUGUCCGGUAUCGUAGGGGCCUCGCCAAGUUAGACUCUACGCAGCAGCAGCUUUUGCCGCAUUCCUCUGCUCCUGUGCCACCUAAACUUCAGUUCUUCUGGUUAUUUUGCAUGGUAGCUCUUGUCAAAUUUCUUCAUUUCUUUCCUUGUUUUUUUUAGUUCGGUGUGAAUUUCGUGGGUGUCUGGCAGGAGUUAUGGCGGGGUUAGGAGAAACCCGUGACGCUAUAUUGAAUAAACCCAGAAGUCCCAUGUCAGCAUACUGGUCAUUAAAAAAGAAAUUCCAUCUUAUCAGUAUACUUGGCCUUUUAAAGUUGCUGUUAUGUUUCUCUAUAAUGAGCACAGAUAAUGGCAUUAUUCUCGUAACUGUUAGUCUUACAACAAAAAUGUCUUUUGAGUUUCCUGUUAAAAUUAUACAUAUUUUUUCACCGUGAAGGGAAUUUUGUUGUAAAACUCUAGAAAAAAUAACUGCCACCUCUCUUUGUAAUUUACUUGUAUGAAUUUAAAAAUCUCUAGCAUGUGUCCUUACUUGGUAUUUUGUUCCUCUGAACAGCAUUUAGAAAGGAAAACAGGAGAAGGAGUGGGCUUUGGUCAUUUCUGUUGUAUACAGGAGGACUCAUUGAGUUAGUACACUAUCUGGUCAGAGAGAGGAGAACCACGUGGCUUAGAAUUUGUUUUCUCUGCCAGACUAUUUGACUCACACAGGGUGACUUGUUAUGGUAUUAGCGUGGAGGGGAGAUUGAGAGGAAAGAGGUGGUAUUUUCUUCAUCUUUACUCCUUGAGCCAGGGGGCACAAGCUUGACCCUUAGCAUUAGGGAGGGGUGAGCUGCAGUCCUCUGCAAGCCGUGACCUAACUACAGUAGUCAGUGACUUGGAUAUCAGGACAAAGAGCUGACGUGAAGACCUCUUACAUUCUGUUAUGGAACACAGCAAGCGGGGUCAAUCACAGGGCUGACUGGCCUGCUGAAGUAAGCAGCUUUCUUCUAGUCUGCACUUGGACGGAUAUUAUAUUUAGAAAGGAUCCACCAGAGGCUCGAGUAAUUUAAGCCACAUGUUAGCUCGUUCCCUCUCAGAUCAUAUUCUCUUAGGCCAGUGGUUUUCAGAUAAUAGGGUGCGUUACAGUUAUUUAGGAGCUUGUGGAAAACAGAAACCUGGCCCUCACUGUAGGAGGUUCUGAUUCAGUCAGGGAGAUGACAGGAAUCUGUUUUUUGGUUUUUUGUUUUUAGGAAUCUGUUUUUAAUAGGAACCUCUAGUAACCUUAUUCAGGUGGUUCCUAGAUCAGAGUUUGAAAAACACUACCUUAAACAUCAGUAAGUACUUCCGUACCUUUCAGGUGGUUAACUCCCAGAAGGUGUUUUAAUUAUUUAAAAAAAUAGUAAGUAAAUCCAUUUUAGAGGUAGAAAAUGUAAUCAGUCUCAUCAUCAAAUGAAUGAGAAAAGUUAAGUGACUUGCCUAAAGUCGUCUUACAAAAUUAGUGGCAGAGCCAGAACUUUAAUUCAAGUCUCCUAAUUCCUUGCUCAGGGCAAUUUCUACUGUAUUGUGCUGGCUGUUAAAACAAUGAUUUAUGAACACUUUAUCUUGUCUUUAAGUUGUAUUAUUGUGACUACCCUUAAACUGGCUGAUAGAUUUAAAAACGCAUGGGAGUAGAUGCUGAGAAUUCCGGCCCUAAGAAAAGAAUCGCAAAUCUUACAGAAUUAUUAAGCAACCCAAACACAUGAAUAAAAAUGACAAUUUUUUUUUUUUGCAGGACCUACCAGACAGCCAUUCACACACGUGUGCAGAGGUUACAUACAUCUCCCUUGGAACAAUCUUGGCUCUAGGACAAAUUUUAACAAUUACAUCAUUUUAGCAUGGAUGUUAAAAAGAAUUUGAAAUUUUUUAGCCAUCAAGAAAAUUACUACAAAGUAUAAUGUAAACAUUGGUUUGCCAUAAAUUUUUUUAAACGUCCACAUAUGUAAAGGAAGAUAAAGUUUUGGAGGCAAAAGUACCCAAUCUUAACAUUCAAAACAAGCUACCGAGUACAGCACUUCUAUUGAUGAAACAAAGAUUCCGUAUAUUGCAACCCCUCUGGAGAGAGUUGCAUGUCGGAUGCUAGACCCACGUGUUGCCCAACUCAGUUUCAGUCCAUGAUUCUUCAACCAUUAUAGUGUCUAUGGUGUCAGCCUACACACUUUACUACUAACCCUCUCUCACCUACUCUCUCACAAGGUAGGUGACAUGAGCACCGAAUUACUUUGGAAGAAAUGGAGGGUCUGAAAGGUCGAGUCAGAGCUGGCACUGGGCGGCGGGGGCGGAGAGCAACACUGGGAUUUAAACCCAGCUGCUUCAGUCCAGAGCCUGGGUGCUUACUACUCUACCACUUUGCCCUUUUGUUUAUAAAGAUGGGAAAAUGGCCUGUGAAUUUGUUUAGCAUCCUCUGUAAAUUCUUUAUUACAGAGCUGACUUACCUUCUGCACCAUGCAAGAUUCAUAAGAAUGAAAAUUUCCAUUAGAAUUAGUACCAUAAACUGCAGGGCAUACAUACAGUCCACUCCUAACUGAAAGACUUCGAGCAGGAUACAUAGCUGUAAAGAAAAAUGUGGAAUAAACUGCCUUGUAUAAAAAUAGAGCCACAUAGAUGAGAAUUAAAAAUUAGCAAACUCAACAAAACCACCUUUGUCCUCUUUUUGAGGUCGGCUGUGAUCAAAACAUCAUGAGGGGGAUAUUAAUCCAGGAAUCAUAGGGCAUCAGGAAUGCUAGACUCUUGGAGGAAACUGCAUCUUAAAAUUUCAAGGUCUCAUUUCACUUAAGAGCAUAAAAGCUAGUCUGGGUUUUUUUUACUCUAAAUUUUAUUUAGUCAUUUUUAUUCAUGAUAACUGGUGAAUGUAUUAUAAAUGGUAAUGUGGUAUAGUUGUUGGUAAAUGUAGAAUAAAUUAUACUUGUUUUAAAAACCUUUCUACAGGGGCGCCUGACUGGCUCAGUAGAGCAUGCAACUCUUGAUCUUGGGGUCAUGAGUUUGAGCCCCAUCUUGAGGGGCAAACUGUAUCUUUAAAAAAAUCUCAAAAAUAAGCUUUCUACAGAAAUGCUAUGUUAACUAAGUUUAGGAACAUCAAAUAUUUAGUAGUUCCUUAUCUUUAGUUGUGAAAAUGAAGUCGCUAAAGCAGACAAGACCUCUCUCGAUCUUUCGAAAAUAGAUCUGAUUUUUUUCCUCAGAAGCCCAAAGUACAUGUAUAUUUUGUUAUUUCUCCUUGUUACAUCCAAGAUAAGGCUUUACCAAAAAUUUUAGGCAAACAAGCAAGGAUAAGGUUCCCAACUCCUAUCCAGAACCAAGAUCACAUUAUGUCAUAGUUAAAGUUUGGUUUUCCAGGAAGUACAAUACAGGAAGAACACUCUGAGAAUCUGUUAGAAGCCUAGUGUUUCCCAUAUCAGUCCGAAUAUGGUACUGGCAUCCACAAGCAUCUGUUAAAUCUUCUGUUUAGCAGGAAAAAAUAGCCUGAUAACACUGAUGACAAUCAUCCCCAUUUAAAGUGACCAGCAGCCACGGACAGCUGUGAAAAUUCACUCAGUAAUAGCCAAUGCUGGUCAUGAAAGAAAGCAUAUAUAUGAAAUUUUGGAUAACUAAUGUAUAUAUCAUAAGUGCCAAAAUUUAAAACUUGUAAAUUAUUUUUGAUGCAAGUCUUUCAGCUAUGUUAGUAUACCUCCCUGCCUUCUUAAACAGCAUGCUCAGUAUAAUUCACUUUUUCAUAACGAAAAGUAAAAGUUAUAUUCAUGUGUUAUUAUAAAUACCCAAGGAGUUCUGAUGUAUAUAAAAUACUUCAUAAAAUGUAAAGGGCUAUAGCAAAUAUGAGUUAAUAUCAAUUAUUAAAAAGGGAUUCCCUUGGCCCUGAGGUAUAUAUAAUCAUUCGCUUCAGGUUGCUUAGAUUUGGGGAUUUUUUUAUUUAAAAAUUUUUCUGUGUGCUAAGUGGUUUGUUCUGUCUCCUACCACAGUCUCCACAUGCCUGCCUCUAAUAGGCUGGCAUUUGCGCUGUGUUCAUCUGUUCCGAGCUGGGACAGGAGAUCACCAGGCCUGCUUAGCGUCUAAAGAGCUGCACGAGCCCUGCGUGCACAGUCUCUGGGACCACUAGCUCUCUGACAGGUUCACCAUAACCUGGGGAAAGCCUAGGCUAGUGAUUGUUUCAGCUGCCGCCAAGGAAAAUACUAUGGACAAAGGAUGCUGCUAGAUGAAGGAAUGAACGGCAAUGCACCAAAGAACAGCCAAGUAACAACAAAGGCUCUGUAUUUGCACAAGGAUCCUUCAUAUUUGUUUUUUUAAAAAGAAGAAUGGGGGGGGAGGGGAAACAAAUCCAGAUAGACUUGAGUAUUUUUGAUGCCAUUAAACUUGGUCAAGAGCCAUUAAAAUACAUGUUUAAAUUACCACACAUUGUUACAAAGGCAAUAUUCAUCUCAUUACAGAAUAAGAUCAUACCAAAUUUAUACCCCAAGAAUUACUCCUGUUCAAAUGACAACAGAAAUAAUCAAAAGGGAAAUCUCAAAUUUACCUGUAUGCUGCUUUAGUUUUAAAUGAAUAAUGGAAAUACCAGUUUUAUCAAAAGCUCCAAGGAACACAUCUCACAUAUGCACAACUUGUAUAUGUAUGUGUAUAUAAAUGUUACUAUAAGUGAAAUGUCAUCCAGAGACAAUAAAAUAAUUUUAAAUUUUAAA